AUGAUUUUUCUUCUAAUUUUCGCUUUGUUUUUGAUCUAUUCAUUUGAUUUAUUCUAUUGGAAAAGAAGGAAUUUGCCGCCAGGUCCACUUCCCCUCCCAAUAAUUGGAAAUUUGUAUCUGAUGACAGACGACGUCAAACCGGGCUAUAAAAUGUAUCAGAAGUUGAAAGACCAAUAUGGACCGGUGUUCACAUUUUGGUUGGCCAAUCUUCCAAUGAUUACUGUAACUGAUUGGAAAUUGAUAAAACAACAUUUUAUAAAAGAUGGAGCAAACUUCGUGGGACGUCCCGAGUUCCCAAUUAAUAUUGAGAUAAGGAAAGGCCCAUACGGUAUCGUGGAAUCUCAUGGAGACCGAUGGGUUCAACAGAGAAGAUUUGCGUUGCACAUUUUGAGAGAUUUCGGAUUGGGCAAGAAUUUGAUGGAGGAAAAGGUGCUCAGUGAAGUUUCAGCAAUGAUAGAAAGUAUUCGAAAAAUUAAAGACGACGUGGAUAUGCAAAAUGUGUUUGAUGCAGCUGUCGGAUCUGUUAUCAAUAAUUUAUUGUUUGGCUAUCGAUAUGAUGAGACAAAUAUGUCCGAAUUCCUUGAACUGAAAAAUCUAAUGUCCAAACAUUUCAAAAUAACCGCCGAGCCAAUCGGAGCACUCCUUAUCAUGUAUCCGUGGAUUGGAGAUUUGCCAUUUUUGGGAAAAUAUAAGAGAAUCGUCACGGAUAGUUGGUCGGGUCUUCUGAAAAUGUUCCGAAAACAAGCCGAGGAGAAAUUGGCAGUGAUUGAUUAUGAUUCUGAUGACUAUUCGGAUUAUGUGGAAGCAUUUUUGAAGGAGAGAAAGAAACAUGAAAAUGAGGAAGGGUUCGGAGGAUUUGAAUUGGAACAAUUGGAUAGUGUAUGCUUUGAUUUAUGGGUUGCCGGAAUGGAAACCACUUCGAAUACGCUCUACUGGUCACUUCUUUAUGUCCUUCUGAAUCCUGAAGUUUGUCAAAAAGUGUAUGAAGAAUUGGAUAUGAAAAUUGGAAAUGAUCGAAUUAUAACAACUAGCGACCGGCCAAAUCUCAACUAUGUUAUGGCUACGAUCAAUGAAUCCCAACGUCUUGCAAACCUGCUCCCAAUGAAUAUCUCUCGUACCACUGCAUGUGACAUGGAAAUCGGUGGCUACCGUAUUCCCAAAGAUACAGUAAUCACUCCACAAAUUUGUACAGUACUCUAUGAUCCGGAGGUCUUCCCAGAACCCUAUGAAUUCCGUCCAUCUCGAUUUUUGGAUUCUUUGGGAAAUUUGAAAAAAGUCGAAGAACUCGUGCCAUUUUCAAUUGGAAAACGACAAUGCCUGGGUGAAGGAUUGGCUCGAAUGGAAUUAUUUCUAUUUUUUGCCAAUUUAUUCAACAAAUUUGAUAUUAAAUUGCAUGCGGAUAAUUUGAAUCCAAGCAUUGAGAAAGAGUGUGGUGUGACGAUGAAGGCCAAGAAUUUCAGAGUUGUUAUGAAGGAGAGAUAUUAA